UUAUAUAUAUACAUAUAUAUAAAAUGUUUCCUAAGGUAGGCUAUUUUUAUAUCAAAUCUCAGAAGACAGGAUUUGUUAUUAGCACCAAUGAUGAGGAUGAGGCUGGCACCAAGCUUGUUAUUAAGUCUAAGAAUUCGGGUACAGAUUAUGAGUUAUGGAGUUUUGAAUCAGGCUAUCUAGUUAAUAAAAUGAAUUUAUUUGUAAUGGAUAUUCAAGGAGGCGACAUAAGAUCCGGUCAGAAUGUACUACAAUAUGAACGCAAGAAGACUAUGGCACAUAAUCAAAGAUGGGGGCUUCGUGAUGGAUUUAUUUAUGUAGUAGCAGACCCAAGAAUUGUGUUAGAAUCUACGGAAGAAGAAGAAUCUUAUUUAUUUGUAAAUGCUCGAAAGUUAGAGGACAAUGAUUUUCAACAAUGGUACAUAGAACCAUAUACAGAAGAAUAUUAAAAGAAAAAAUUCUCGAGUACACAAUAAAGAUGUUAAGUUAUCAAAGAAUGAUUUUAAAGUCAAGAAGUUAAUAUUUAUUAGUAAACAUUUUAUUUCAAUAAAAUUCGCACUCUUUAGCUUUUAAUUUUUGAACAAGACAAAAACCAUACAUGUACUUGAUUGAUAGAUUUAUUAUUUUUGUCGAUAUAUCCUAGAAAAAAGUUCAUUUAUCAUCAAUAAAAGAUCACUAUCAAUUGCAUUAUUUAAC